GCUACCAUGAGCUUGACAAGGGCUUGCAGGCGGGGUAUAUUCCUCAACGCCCGUUCGACGCGUUUGCUCUCCAGUAGAGCAUCCGCCAUCCUGUCGGCUGUGAAUAUCCCUGGCUCUGGGGAACUAGCCGGUGUCUACGAUGGUGAAUGGCGGGGAACGGGCGAGGUGUUCGAGAGCAGGUGCCCAACAACUGGUGAAGUGCUUGCGCGCGUGCAGUCAGCUACCCCGGACGAGCUCCAUGCUACUCUUGCAAAGGCCAGAGAUGCCUACCAGGACUUUCGACACGUACCAGCCCCUCGUCGGGGCGAAAUAUUGAGACAGAUACGAGAGGCACUGGCUGCGAAGCGGGACGAGCUCGGCGCUCUUGUCUCGUUGGAGAUGGGCAAAAUCCUAACGGAAGGUGUAGGAGAGGUGCAGGAGUUCAUCGACAUCUGUGACUACGCUGUUGGCCUCUCCCGCAUGAUGAAUGGCAGAGUUGUAGCAUCCGAACGUCCGGGGCAUACCAUCCUAGAAGUGCCGAACCCUCUUGGUGUUGUAGCGGUCCUGUCUGCUUUCAACUUUCCUGUGGCUGUCUACGGAUGGAAUUUGGCUCUUUCGUUGGCCGCGGGCAAUGCCACGUUGUGGAAGCCGUCACCUAGCACGCCGUUGUGCUCGAUCGCUGUAACCAAAAUCAUCGCAUCCGUUCUGGAGAAGAAUGGGGUCAAUGGCGCGGUGGCCAGUCUCGUCACCGGUGGCAAAGAUAUCGGGGAGGCCGUAGUGCAGGACAAGAGCGUCGACAUGGUGUCAUUUACCGGAAGCGAAGCCGUCGGACGUGCUGUGGGGAAGGUGGUUCAGUCUCGGUUCGGUAAAGUUUUGUUAGAGCUUGGAGGAAACAAUGCUUCUGUGAUCAUGCCAGAUGCUGAUUUGUCGCUCGCCAUACCCGCUGUCUUCUUUGGUGCAGUAGGCACUGCGGGACAGCGAUGCACAUCCACCAGAAGACUUUAUCUCCAUCGUGACAUUGCGGACGAGUUCUUAGCUCGCUUGCAGAAACUCUACUCUUCCGUGCCGGCCGGAGAUCCCCUCGUCAAGGACACCCUUCUCGGGCCCUUGCAUACUCAGGCAGCCGUUGGUAUUUACCUGAAUGCCGUGGAACACUUGCGGAAAUCAGGGGCUGAAAUCCUUGCGGGCGGCGAGAGGUAUUCUCGAUCACCUCUCGACCAGGGAAAUUUCGUACAGCCCACGAUAGCUAUCCCCAAGUCAACGGACACCGCGGACCCUAUCUGGAGCACGGAGACCUUUGCACCAGUGCUUUCUGUUGCCGUCUUUGACGAACUGGAGAAAGCCAUUGAGUGGAACAACGCCGUGCCUCAGGGUUUGUCCGCCAGCCUCUGGACCAGAGAUUUGCGGAAUGUUGGUAAGUGGAUCGGGCCCGCAGGCUCUGACACAGGGAUAGUUAAUGUCAACGUCGGAACCAGCGGCGCUGAAAUUGGCGCCGCAUUUGGAGGGAAUAAGAGCACUGGAUGGGGACGAGAGUCGGGUGGUGACGCUUGGAAGCAAUACAUGCGCUGGAGCGCAUGCACCAUUAAUUUCUCUGAUGCUGCUCCGCUGGCGCAAGGCGUUAACUUCCCCUCGUAAGGUACAAGAUGAAAUCGAUAUAACAUCAUUUGCCG